GCCCUAUAUAGCAAUGAUCUUCACACAGUUUGUGUAUGCAGGCAUGGCUUUGCUCUCUAAGGCUGCGAUCUCCAAGGGAAUGAACCCUUAUGUGUUUGUCGUCUAUAGGCAAGCCCUUGCUUCAGUUGCCUUAUCACCAUUUGCUUUCUUUGACAGUAAGCAGGUUACUCCCUUGUCAUCCACCUUGCUCUGCAAAAUCUUCAUCAUUUCCCUAUUUGGGUUAACAUUGAGUUCAAGCCUUUACUAUGUUUCAAUCAGCUAUACUACUGCAACUUUUGCUGCAGCAUCCACAAACACAAUUCCUGCAAUUACUUUCAUCAUGGCUGUUCUAUUAAGAGUGGAAAGCAUAUCUGUAAAACACAUGUAUGGAGUGGCCAAGAUUCUAGGUUCUGUUCUGAGCCUUUCCGGGGCAAUUAUAUUUGCUCUAGUUAAAGGACCUCCUUUAGGAUUCAUGAAGUGGUAUCCUCAAAAUCAGGAGCAUCACUCUUCUGUGUCACUAACAAAGGGUCAUUCCAAACUUGAUCUAAUCAAAGGUCCUAUCAUGAUGCUUUCUGCCAACACUGCAUGGUCCUUGUGGCUUAUAUUGCAAGGUUUCAUUGUAAAGCGGUACACUGCCAAGUUUCGGCUCACCACUCUGCAAUGUUUCUUUAGCUGCAUGCAAUCAGCUGUUUUAGCUGUUGUGAUUGAAAGAGAUCCUUCAGCAUGGAAGCUUGGAUGGGACAUUAAUCUUCUUUCUGUGGCUUACUGUGGUGUAAUUGUGACAGGGAUUUGUUAUUGGCUUCAAGUAUGCACUAUAGAGACUAAAGGACCCGUUUUUACGGCAAUGUUUACCCCUCUAGCUCUUAUCAUCACAGCAAUACUCUCAGCUCUUUUGUGGAAGGAAUCACUUUAUUGGGGAAGUGUUGGAGGAGCAAUGUUGCUGGUGGUAGGACUGUACAGUGUAUUGUGGGGAAAGAACAGAGAGUGUCCCAAACAAGAAAGCCAAGAUGACAAGGAAAACACAAGUCAUUCGAAAUUUGACGAUACCACAUUGGAAUGCAUUAUUCACCACUAAUAAUUCAUUCCAUUCAACCACUUCAUAUGUUUUAUGGGCAGUUAGCACGCACUAUUCACAACUUGUGUAUAUAGUUUGUUUUUUUUUUUGGUAGGUUUCAUAUUUGAUAUUAAUAAAUAAUAAAGA